AUGAAUCAGCAUGCUGGUUUCGUUUAAUGCGUCAAUGUGAUAUUUGACAAUUUUAACACCUGUGGAACUCUUAUAGGAACAGAUGCCUACUCUAAUUAAUUGGACUAAUAUCAAACAAAAAUACUUGAUUUAAGCAAUAAUGACCUAUACAACAGAGAAAUAUAAUCAAUGUAACUUGCUGUAUUCAAACAAGCAUAUUUUAAAGAUCUUGAAACUCUGCAGCAAGGUUUAUGUCCAGAUAGGUAUUGCCAUUUUAUUUACAUUCAAUAAUCUACUACUGGAAGGUUAGCAUUGAUCAAUGGGUUUAUGAAUAUUUAAGUCCCAGAAGUCAUUUCAAUUGAUGUGUCUUCAAAUUCUAUUGUUGGAAUUUAUUCAGAAGGUGAAGGAAUAUUUAAAUUCUACAAAGGGUAUAUUCUUGCAUAUAUCUAUGAAAAUUCAAUUAUCAAUUUAUUUACCAAUGGUAAUGGCAGUUCAUUCUUCUUAAGUUCAGAUAAUUUUUACAUAACUUUCAACCUCUAUGAUAACUAUGGAUAUAACAUUUAAGCUUAAAAUGGCUCUUUAAUAGCAACAGAGUAAUAUAAAGAUCCAAAUGUAAUAGUUUUCCAUAACUAAUAGGACAUUAGAUACUUUAUGAUAUUUGACUAAACCUCUAAUAAUUGGGAUUUCAGAAUGGCUGAAAAUGACAUUAGUGUUGAUUAAUUAGUACCCUACGAAGCGUUUAUUUACAUUGGUCCAAAUACUAUAGUCACAAUUAGCAAAUUAACCAUGCAUGAUAACUAUAAUCUUGUUAAAAAUCCUUACUUUGACCCUAUUAUGAUAUUUUGUGAUUCAUGUGUAUUGACUAUAGAUGAAAUCAAUUUUGUUCUCUAAAGAUAUCCAGAGUCUGCUUUUAUAAUGGCUAAAGAUACCAGCUCUGUUACUCUAAAAAAUAUAGAUUUUACAACAAGUGGUGCUAUUCCUUGCGGAAAGUUAAUAAAAAUUAUAGGAGAUAAAGCUGGCUCUCUCUUAAUUGACGGAAUUGAUUUGGAUGCCAGUAUGCCUAUAUCGGAUGAAACAACAGGAGGAAUCAUAGAAUCUUACAACCCAGAAUGUAGAUUAGCUUACGUUGUCUUAUAUAACCAUCGCCCAACUAUAAUCAUCUUAUUAGUUUUUGAAUGCUCAAGGUGGGUAAAAUAUAGUAAUAGAUCACUUGUAACUUAACUGUUAAUUAACUUCAUUUGGGAUGUAGCUAAUGGAUUAUGA